GGCUGCCUGUGACGGGCCUGAGUGGAGAGAACGUGCGGGGCUGCAGGAGCCGGGGCCGCGGCGCCUCAGAGCGGUGCUCGGCAGGACGGACCGAGCGCGGCAGCCCCGGGCAGGAGCCGGCGCGGUGACCUCGUGCUCCGCCCGCCGGGGCCGUUCGCACCAACACCGCUCACACCGACACCGUUCGCACCGACACCGCUCACACCGACACCGUUCGCACCAACACCGCUCACAGUCCCCAUGCCCGCUCCCGCUGCCUGGGCCGAGCAGCAGCGCCCAGCAGGCCCGGGGCUGCCGGCUGCUGUCUGGAUGCUCUCAUCGCUAUCCCUGCCCACGGCUGGCGGGUUGGAACCAGAUGGUUUUCAAGAUCUCCUUCCAGCACAAACCUUUCUAUGAUUCAGUGAUUGUCCCCAGAAUGAGGGAGCUGGGCCUGUAGGGUUCCCCACUCAGCAGAGGGCUCACUGCUGGCACAAUGCAUUGGGAGCACAUUGAUUUCCACGUGGGCUGGAAACAUAUUGUGUGACAGUGCUGGCUUGAGUAGCUGCCCCAGGGGACUCUGUGCUUGUCCUGGCUCCACCCGUGUGUCAGACAUGCCCAGAAACUCAAGUAAAAGUCAAGCUUGAGCCAUGGGAUUUCUGGUCCCUCAGGGGAACAAGAAACAGAAGGUGGCAAAAGUAUUUGUGUACAUGAGGGACAUGUUUCUAUUGUCUGUGUUUAGGACAUGGAGGAUCCAAAAGUCCGUGGAAGGAUGAUGCUGUUGGAAUAGCCAGCCUUUUCUGCAGCUACCCCUGCAAAGGCCUUUGGGCACUGGUGGGGUGUGCAGUAGACAAGAAUCAGGGAGCUCCUCCUGCCAUGUGCUAAACCUGCCCCAGGCACGGGACACAGAUUGCAUCUCACGGAGCCUUUCUGCUGUCCUUCCUGGUCUGGUGCUGCUCUGGGGAGGAGUGGCCCUUCUCCUUGGCCUCUUGCUCCCUUUCCUCUGGCUAGUCAAAAUAUUUGCAGUCUCAGCAUGAGCUGGGUUGGGAAACUUCUCUGGGAGAAGACAGGGUUAGGAGAGAGCCCGGGCUGGAUCUGGGUCUGGUACACACCACAGCACAAAGGCGGGCAGGGCAGAGGAUGGGGAGGCACUUCUGCUCCCCGCAGCAGCAUGGCCUGGCUUCCCUGGCUCUGGGCAUUGAGUAAGGUUUUGUAGGAGUGGCCAGCUCAUCAGGUGCUUCCCAGAGGUUCACCUGGCAUCUAGCCAGAGUGGCUUUUCACCAUCUCUCCCCUGCAGUGACGCCUACCGUGCCAACAGGAGUGGUGCCAAAACUUUUGUGCACCCAGGGGCUGAACAUGCUGCCUGUAUGUGAGUUUCCUGGUGGCAAAAAGUCUCCUAUUCGCCUGUUCUAAUUCCUGAGUAACCUGUGCUUUGCCUUCACUCCUCCAAAACCUUGAAGUGUGUGCAGCAGCCUCAGGCUGCCAUCAGUCUGGCAGCUGAAACAGGCAGAGCUCCAGCCCCCUUGGUUCCUGCCUGCCAUGAGGAAUAGCUGUCAGCAAAGCACCCGAGGGAGCUGAGCCCUCAGCAAGGCAUGAGAGCAGCAGGCUUCUCCUGGAGGAGUGACAAGCAGGCAUGCAACCCUGUCUCUCUUCCUCACCCCUUUUUGGGCAGAGGUCUGUCCUUUCUCAGCCCUCCAGGACCCUUCUCAGAGCUUGUUUCACUCCUGCCCAGCAAUUAUCCUCUGCCACCCCUUUGGAGGUGCAGGAAGGAGGCAACAGAGCCUCUCCUGACCCUGCAUGAAGCAGUCACUGCUUCUUGAGUAAUUUCUCCUGGGGUUUUCACCUUGGAGGCAAAAGAAAUACAACAAAAAAAUGCUUUCCCAUGUUUGCCAAGCCUAGGUGAGCAGCUUCAGCACCAGGAGACUGGAGCUGAGUGACAGCAUGCAGCUGGCAUCAGAGGCCUAGCCUGGUGAAUCACUGCCACUUUCACUGCUGUGGGGGCCCUUCCCAUUCCCUCUGGAGCCAGAAGUGCUUCUGCAUCCUGGAGAGACCCAGUGAGUGCAGCAACACGGGGAUGAUGAUGCUGCCCUCCCACACUCUUUCAAGCUCUUUGGGACUGAUCCUGGACUCUGCUCAGCAUCUCAGUCUCCAGGUCACUUGGGCCUCUGCACCAUGUGUGGCAGGAGUUGUCUGUGCCAGGAAGUUGGGCUGGACUCAGCUUUUCACUUGGCUUCGGUGGCUCUUUGUGGUGAGGGCGAGUUGGCCUGCAGAGAAGUGGUUUGGAUGCAGCACCGGUCAUGGGGCUGGCUUUGCCAGAGCUGAGGGCAAGGCUUUGCUCUCUGGGGUUCCUCUCAGUUUGGGGCUGCUUGUUGCCCUGAACAUUUCCAGAACACAAAUGCCCUGGCAAAAUGGGACUGGCAGGACAGAGCUGGCAGUGUCCUUCCUCUGUCAGAGUGCCUCCCUUGGAGGUACCUCCUGCCUCUGGCUGUGCCCAUGCACGGCAAGGGUCUGUGCUUGGUACGUGGCUGAAAGCAGAACAGAGUGUUCCUGAGGGACAGCUUGCCUCCCACUGAUGGAGAGGCAAGCUCAGUGGAGCUGGGCUAGGCCAAGGUGUUGUUGGGCUUGGCUCCAUGUCCUCAGACGGGAGCCAGGCCGUGGGAUGUGUGUGAAACAGUGCACUGGGAGUUGUGGCAGGCAGCUGGCGCCUGGGGGUGGGCAGGAUCCGAGCUGGGCCCGUUUCCUUGCUGCAAACCCCUGCAGGCUGGCAGGCACUGCCAGGGUCAGGGUGUGCAGCCAGGGCAGCGAGGGAGGAAACCUUCCCAGCUCUCUGCUCACACUGCCUCCACGGGGACACCUCCAAUGGGACUGCUUUCAGUGGGUUGUUUCGUCUCUGCUCUCUCAAAGCCCUGAACACUGCAGGGUGACACUGACGAGUGCACCUGGGCCAUCAGCUUGCAAGUCCUGUAGGGGAGCUGGCUUUGUAGGGAGGGCAUGUCUACAAAGGGGACAGGGGUGAACAACUUACAUGCCCUGCUUAGCCUACUCUGUUCCUGGGGCACGAGGAGCAGAGGUGUCCUGUUUCCAGGCCAGGCCCCGCUGACGCUGUCUGUAAACUGGCUGGGAGAUAAAUAUUCAAGGUGCAGUCAUGCUGGUUAAGUUCCCAGCUAGUGGGAGAAGGGGGAGGAACUCUGCUGUUGCCAGGGUGCUCUGCUCUCAUCUGUCAUGGGAGACUGUCCCAGGCCUGCUUCCUUCUUAGGGUGUUACUGGUUCCUAUUCUGGUGCUGUUACACAGGACACUGUUUGACUGAAAUAGCUGUCACUUGAAGCUGUGUGACAGGCUCCCCUGCUUGACUCUGGAGGCUCAGUUUUGCAGAUCCAGGCCUCCUCAUGCCCUUGCCCUCGCCUGUGUCUCUGGGUGUUAGUGCCAGCAGCUGCUCUUGGCCAGUGUUGCUAUAGUGGGAGCCAUGAGCAUGACACUUGCUUUCCAGGUUUUUAAUGUGUGCCACAUACUGAAGACCCCUGGUUGUAUGUUGGGAGCUCUGACAAGCCCAUGCUUUUGGCAGUAAGCACUGUAGCAGCUGUGAUGAGGUAGGUUUCCUCAUUGAGCGCUGCAUGGGGCUUCCCAUAAACACCAUGGUGAAGGUCAUGUAAGGGCACUGGCCCUGAGGCAAAGAGUGGAUCCUGCUGCUGUUGGGCCUUUUCCACCUGCUCCUCCUGCCAUGCUUGCUCUUUCCUCUCUUUAGGCCAUUACUUCCUUGCCAGAGAGUUUGACCACAGAGAGUCGCCAAGAUAGCUGGGCCAGGAAGAAAACGUCGCACCCCUGACCCAGACUCCAUUACCGACCCCGGCGGGCUGUUUGUGUCCUCCAAACGGCUGAAGAUGUCCAGCAGCACAAAUGCCCCUGGCCAGAGGAGAACAUCUCGGGGCUUGGAUGAUGCCACCAACAAAAAGAAGCAGAAGGAUCGAGCCAAUCAGGAAAGCAAGGAAGUGUCUCGCCCUGAGCUCGAGCAGGCUGAGACUACCCAGGAGAAGGACUCAGAGGAGGAGCUGCUGCUGGACUGGAAGCAGAAUGCCGAUGAGAUCAUUAUCAAGUUGAAUUUGGGCACUGGAGCUCUGAAGGCAGAGGAUGUACAUGCUGAUUUCACUGACACAGACUGUGUGGUCAAACUACCAGACGGGCGCCAGUGGAGCUGUCAGUUCUAUGAAGAGAUCGAGAGCUCCUGCAGCAAGAUCCAGUGCAAGAAGGGCAACUUUCUACAGCUUGUGCUACAGAAGAAGAUCCCACUCCAUAACUGGUCUUCACUUCUGAAAAAAAGGAAAGACGGAUCCAAAGAACUGGCCAAAGGGGCUGCGUGCUGGGAGAAUGGGAAGGAGAAGGCUGCUUCUGCAGAGCUGACCCCUGAAGAGCUGAGGGCUGAAGGCACAGAGCCACCAAGAUCCCGGCGAGAGCCCUCCAACCCCAAGCGUGCUCCAGGAAGAAGCGAGGCCCUGGGAGGGAAAAGCCCAGCCAGCCCAGGGACACAGAGUGGCCCCAGUGCCAAGAGGGCAGUAUACCUCAAAGUAGCUCCCACUGAAGAGGAGGCGAAUGCCAGGGUCGCCGGGAGCACAGAGCCCAGCAAAGGGCACAGUGGGAGAGCCAGCAGCCGCCGCAACGGCAGAGCCAGCCAGGCCGAGGCACCCGCGGCCCUCGCAGACCUGGCACUGCCACUCGAGAAGGCUGUGGUUUUGGCCAAAGAGACUGUUCCCGUGGAGAUGCCACCUCUUGCAGCUACCACAGAGGUGCUCCCCCACCGUGUUGCCACCUGUGUUGAGAAGAGAGUCCUGCAGCCAGGCAGCCCUACUGAGGCCUUGCGGAGCCGGGACUGCCUGCCUAUCCUGGGAGAGAGCUCUAAGGCCAUCCCAGUGGCCACCCCUCCCAUGGGCAGAGAUGGUGAGAAGAGGGACUGGUCCAAGGACGACGUGGCUCUGGAAGCAGCAGCUGACGAGCCAGAGCCUUUUGUAAGCCUGACCUUUGUCAAGAAUGACUCAUACGAGAAGGGCAAUGAUCUGGUGGUGGUGCAUGUCUAUGUGAAGGAGAUCCACAAGGAGACAUCCAAGGUGUUGUUCCGGGAACAAGACUUCACACUAGUGUUCCAGACGAGUGAUUCGAACUUCCUUCGUCUCCAUCCUGGCUGUGGGCCCCACACGGUGUUCCGGUGGCAGGUGAAACUCAGGAACCUGAUUGAGCCGGACCAGUGCACAUACAACUUCACGGUGUCUCGCAUUGAUGUCUGCCUGAAGAAACGCCAGAGCCAGCGCUGGGGGGGGCUGGAGGCUCCAGCCACACGAGGUGCAGUGGGUGGUGCAAAGGUUGCCAUGCCUACAGGCCCUACCCCUCUGGAUAAGAACCCUCCGGGCAGUAACCAGCACCCCCUCUCCAGCAAGGAAGAGGCCCGAACCAGUGACAAAGAGAAGCCACGUGUGGAAGAUGGGGCUCUGGAUGGUGUGGCAGCCCGUACGGCCACAGAGCACUUGGCAGUGAAGCAGGAGCCACACAUUCCUUCGCCCAAGCCGACAUGUAUGGUGCCACCAAUGACACACAGCCCUGUGAGUGCCGAGAGCGUGGAGGAUGAUGAGGAUGAGGAUGAGAAGAAGAAAGUCUGCCUGCCUGGAUUCACGGGGCUGGUGAACCUGGGCAACACCUGCUUCAUGAACAGUGUCAUCCAGUCCCUGUCCAACACCCGGGAGCUGCGUGACUACUUCCAUGAUCGGUCCUUUGAGUCAGAAAUCAAUUAUAACAACCCGCUGGGGACGGGUGGACGCCUGGCCAUCGGCUUUGCCAUGCUGCUCAGAGCUCUGUGGAAGGGCACACACCAUGCCUUCCAGCCCUCUAAACUGAAGGCAAUUGUGGCCAGCAAGGCCAGCCAGUUCACUGGCUAUGCCCAGCAUGAUGCUCAGGAAUUUAUGGCCUUUCUGCUUGAUGGCCUGCAUGAGGACCUCAACCGCAUCCAGAACAAGCCCUACACAGAGACUGUUGACUCAGAUGGGAGGCCUGAUGAGGUGGUAGCUGAGGAGGCUUGGCAACGACACAAGAUGAGGAAUGACUCGUUCAUAGUAGACCUCUUCCAGGGCCAGUACAAAUCCAAGCUCGUGUGCCCAAUGUGCUCCAAGGUAUCUAUUACCUUUGACCCCUUCCUGUACCUCCCCGUGCCCCUCCCACAGAAGCAAAAGGUGCUGACCGUCUACUACUUUGCAAAGGAGCCACACAAGAAACCCAUCAAGUUCCUCGUGAGUAUCAGUAAGGAGAACUCCAGUGCCAUGGAGGUACUUGACUCAGUUGCCCACAGCGUGCGUGUGAAACCAGAGAACCUGCGCCUGGCAGAGGUGAUCAAGAAUCACUUCCACCGCAUGUUCCUGCCAUCUCACUCCCUAGACACAGUCUCGCCAACGGACCUGCUGCUUUGCUUUGAGGUGCUGUCCCCAGAGCUGGCCAAGGAACGUGUGGUGGAGCUUCAGGUCCAGCAGCGUUCGCAGGUGCCCAGUGGCCCUGUCGCCAAGUGUGCAGCCUGCCAGAAGAAGCAGCUGCCAGAGGAUGAGAAGCUCAAGCGCUGCACGAGGUGCUAUCGAGUUGGUUACUGCAACGUGGCAUGUCAGAAAACACACUGGCCAGACCACAAGGCAUCGUGCCGUCCUGAGAACAUCGGUUUCCCCUUCCUCAUCAGUGUGCCCGAGUCCCGCCUCACCUAUGCCCGCCUGGCCCAGCUGCUGGAGGGCUACGCAAGGUACUCAGUCAGCGUGUUCCAGCCUCCAUUCCAGUUGGGCCGGAUGUCACCGGAGCAGGGGCUGCAGCCUCUGCACUCGGACAAGCUGGAGCCCCUGGCCAAGAGCAGCUGUGCAGCAGCCACCUCUGCUCCUGAGCUGGGAGAUGGGGACAGGGUUUCAAGCCUCCCUCAGGAGCCCCCGCUCUCGCCAGCUGUGCCUGAGCUGCAGCCAGAGAUGGGGGAUACUACCACUGUCCGGAGCAAGGUCCUGACAGCCAGGAGUUCCCUCCUGAGCUUGGAUUCAGGGUUCUCUGAGCACAUGGAGUCGCAGGGUGACAGCUGUUGUGAGAAGGAGCCAUCCUAUGAGAGAGCCCUCAAGCCAGAAGCUGCCAUCCCUGGGUACCAGCACACUCCAGACUCGCUGAGUGCCCGCGCCACACAGUUCUACAUCACUAAGAUCGAUUCUGCCAACCGAGAGCACAAGCUGGAAGAUAAAGGUGACACCACCCUGGAUCUGACAGACGACUGCUCCCUUGCCCUGGUGUGGAAGAACAAUGAGCGCCUCAAGGAAUUUGUGUUGGUAGAAUCUAAGGAGUUGGAGUGUGUGGAGGAUCCAGGCUCGGCCAGCGAAGCAGCCCGGGCUGGCCACUUCACCCUGGAGCAGUGCCUCAAUCUCUUCACGAAGCCUGAAGUCCUGGCCCCAGAGGAAGCGUGGUACUGCCCCAAGUGCAAGCAGCACCGUGAGGCUUCCAAGCAGUUGAUGCUGUGGCGGCUGCCCAAUGUCCUCAUCAUUCAGCUCAAGCGCUUCUCCUUCCGCAGUUUUAUUUGGAGGGACAAGAUCAAUGACAUGGUGGACUUUCCCGUCCGGAGCCUGGAUCUGAGCAAGUUCUGCAUUGGUCGGAAGGGCGAGCAGCAGCUGCCUGUGUAUGACCUGUAUGCUGUGAUCAACCACUAUGGAGGCAUGAUUGGAGGGCACUACACAGCAUACGCCCGCCUGCCCAAUGACAAGAACAGCCAGCGCAGCGACGUGGGCUGGCGGCUCUUUGACGACAGCACAGUCACCACCGUGGAUGAGAGCCAGGUGGUGACCAGAUACGCCUAUGUCCUCUUCUACCGCCGGAGGAACUCUCCUGUGGAGAGACCCCUGCCAGGGCAUCCCUCAGACCACCGCGCCGAGCGCACCCCCUCUGCCGAAGCUGCUGCCAGCCAGGGUCUGCCCCCGGUGCCGUUCGGAUCCGGCCUGGCCCCCGAAGGAGCCCCGCCGCUGGCUGCGGAAGGCCUCCCUGAGCGUUUUGCCAGCCCCGCCGAGCGCCCGGCCCCCUCCUACAGCAGCAUGGAAGAAGUCGACUAGGGUGUCAUGGGGGGCCUGGCCUGGGGGUGUGGGCCAGGCCAGGCACUGGGGGGUGGGGGGAUGGGGGAAUCGGGGUUUGUCCUGCGCUCAUUAAACUCUCUGAACUCCA